GUGUGUGCGUGUGUGCGUGUGUUGGGGUGCGAAAGAACAAGAUGGCUGUCCAGAGACGAGAAAACUUUUCUCGCUCUCAUCUUUUUCACGCAAACACGAUGAUUUGUCAUCUUCUGUAGUGUUUGUAGAAGAAAGCAACAAAGAAACAACAACUUAAAGCUAUCCAAGGCAUGUUUUUUUGCGUGUUUAUUUUUUGGGGUGCGACGUGAGCCAUUUUAGAGGCGAAGCUAGUCGGAAGGAUUUUGGGGCAACGACGUCGAGUUAGGUAGGAGCCCGUCAAGAAAGAAGUCACUUUUUAUCCUUUACAACUUUAUUAAUUACCUCCCGUUUCGCCUUGUAACAUUUGUGUCUUUUUGUAAGUUUUCUUUUGAGGGGAGGUGUGAUAUUCCAACUGUUAAACUCAUCCGUGACGUAUGAUCGUUUGGAUUAAAAAAGUAGUCCGAGUACCAUGAGCUCAUCAUCGCGGAUAAAACCCCAGCACACCGCCCGCUCGCCGCACUCCUCCGAGGCGAGCGAGGGCAUCGAAAUGGAGAACAUCCAGCACCAGCACCAGCGUCAGGAUUCGGCGAUCGGAGGAAUCGUCGCCGGUACCCCGUCGCCGCCAUCCAGACAAGCCUGGAGCCGAGACAACCCGGGUUUCGAGGCCGGUGACGAGAUCAUGGCAGCGGACUGGCCUCCAGCCAGCCCCGGGAGGAGGUCGGCGUCCACGGCCUCCAGCAACAGCAGUUGCAGCAGCGCUCUGGGCAGCUACAACGCCGGCGGCGGAGGAGGCGGCGGCCCCCACAUCCACGGUGGAGGAGCCUACCCAAGCCCGAGUGGGGACGAGGGGCAGCGGGGCAGGCGUGAGCACAGCAGCUGCAUGAAGCAGAUACUCCAAAAAAUUAGAAUUCUGUGGGGUACGGAGUUGAUGGAGGACAACAACAACAGUCGGGAACGUUACUUGUGGAAUGUUUUGAGAGAGAUGCUCACUUAUGUGGCCUUCCUCAUCACCGUUUGCAUCCUGACGUACGGGAUGGUGAGCACCAACAUGUAUUACUACACCAAAGUCAUGUCGCAGCUUUUCUUGGAUACACCCAUUUCCCCUGGAGAGGCAGCCACAUUUAGGAGCCUUUCAACUAUGGAGGACUUCUGGAAGUUCACAGAGGGGCCUUUCCUCAACGGAAUGUACUGGGAAGUGUGGUACAACAACAAUAGCCUGCCCGAGAACCACACUCUCAUCUUCUACGAGAACCUCCUGCUCGGGGUGCCGCGCCUCCGGCAGGUCAAGGUCCGCAACGAGUCGUGCAGCGUGCACGAGGAUCUACGCGACCAAGUCCGCGACUGCUACGACGCCUACUCGCGAGCCAAUGAGGACACCGCCCCCUUCGGGCCCGGGAACGGGACUGCGUGGACGUACGUGACGGAGGCCGGCGCCAACGGGAGCAGCCACUGGGGUCGCGUGUCCAAAUAUGGCGGCGGGGGAUACUACCAAGACCUGUCCCGGACAAGGGAGGAGUCGGCGGUCCGGCUGCGCUUCCUCAAAGACCGCCUGUGGCUCGAUCGAGGCACCCGAGCCGUUUUCCUUGACUUUGCGGUCUACAACGGUAACAUCAACCUCUUCUGUAUUGUCAGGUUGUUGGUGGAGUUCCCAGCGACUGGCGGCGUGGUGACAUCCUGGCAGUUCCAGACGGUGCGUCUGAUCCGAUAUGUAUCCAGCUGGGACUACUUUGUGGGCCUGUGCGAGGUCAUCUUCUGCCUCUUCAUUCUCUACUACGUGGUGGAGGAGGUGCUGGAGAUCCGCAUCCACCGCCUGCAUUACUUCCGGAACCUGUGGAACUGUCUGGACGUCUUGAUCGUCACUCUGAGUGUGGCGGCCAUCAUCAUGAAUAUAACAAGAACAGCCACGGUCAGCCACCUGCUCAAGACCCUGCUGGAGAACCACACCACUCACCCCACGUUCGAACCUCUGGCCAACCUGCAGCUUCAGUUCAACAACGUGGUGGCGGUCAUCGUCUUCUUUUCCUGGGUUAAGCUCUUCAAGUUUAUCAACUUCAACAAGACCAUGAGUCAGCUGACGGGCACCAUGUCUCGCUGUGCCAAGGACCUGGUUGGUUUUGCCAUCAUGUUCUUCAUCAUCUUCCUGGCGUACGCCCAGCUGGCCUACCUGCUCUUUGGAACUCAAGUCGACGACUUCAGCACCUUCCAGGCCAGCAUUUUUACUCAAUUCCGCAUCAUCCUGGGAGACUUUGAGUUCUCCGAGAUCGAGGAGGCCAACCCGGUUCUGGGGCCCGUCUACUUCACCACCUUCGUCUUCUUCAUCUUCUUCAUCCUCAUGAACAUGUUCUUGGCCAUCAUCAAUGACACGUACUCCGAGGUGAAGGCGGACAUGUCUCAGCAGAGGUGUGACAUGGAGAUGAGCGACCUCAUCAAGAAGGGUUGCAACAAAGCCUUGAUGAAGCUCAGGCUGAAGAAGACGGCGGUGGACGACAUCUCGGACGGUCUGCGUCGGGCCGGAGGCAAGCUCACCUUGGAUGAACUCAGGCAGCAUUUAAAGGGGAAGGGCCACACGGAUGCCGAGAUCCAGGCCAUCUUUGCCAAGUAUGACCACGACGGUGAUCAGGAGCUGACGGAACACGACCACCAGCAGAUGAGAGACGACCUGGAGAAGGAACGAGAGGAUUUGGAUCUGGAGCGCAACUCCUUAACCCGAGCGUGCAGCGGGCGCAGCCUGCCGCCUCGCGGCCAGGACGACUCGGAGGAGGACGACGACGAGGACAGCGGGCACAGUUCGCGGCGCCGCGGCAGCAGCUCGGGUGGCGUCUCCUACGAGGAGUUCCAAGUGCUGGUGAGACGCGUGGACAGGAUGGAGCACUCCAUCGGCAGCAUCGUGUCCAAGAUCGACGCCGUCAUCGUCAAGCUGGAGGCCAUGGAGAGGGUCACCCUCAAAAGGAGGGACGUGUUGGGAAGGCUCUUCGAAGGAGCCAUGGAGGAGGAGCGCGGCAGCGGUCGGGACGUCGACGCCCACAGCGAGCAGGAGCGGCUGGUGAGGGAGGAGCUGGAGCGCUGGGAGUCGGACGACGUCUCCUCGCUGGUGGGCCACCCCCACACCGGCGCAGCCACGCCGCGGCCCCGCCCCCGUUCCCCUUCCUCACUGUCCAUCGACACCGCAGACGGCAGUGGUAGCGCUCAAGUGUAAAAAGCAAGGUAAACAAAAAAACCCACGAAGGGAUUCCUUGGUUGCAAACCAAAAUAAGAGCAAGUACAACAAGGUCAGAAGUCACCUCGCAUGAUUCAUUGACAGUACAGAGCCGGUUCACCUUAUGUCAAAUCACAAAAUUGAUGAGAGACUACUAUGAAGGGACCACCACGCUGAAAAAAAAAUUCUCAUCGCAAUCCAACUUAUCUUAACUCCCAUGAAAAAAAAAAUCUCAUAAAAUUCAGACUUUUGUUUUAAUACUACAAUUAAACAUUUUUCAUAGUACGACGAAAAUCAAUACUGUAUCCUCGAAUUUGUACGACCUUAUUCUGUUCCUUUGUGUACUUUUAUUCCAUACUUUUCUUUCCUUUGCAGUGUGGCGUUCAUGCGCCUUUGUAGCAAACUUCCUAAAAUUUGUCUUUGCUGCAUUUUUUUGCACACAUUUCACAUUCCGUUGUCACGUUUGAACACAAACCAAAAGAGGCACCGUUUUAUUCAUUUUGUUGAUUUUAAUUCACAGUAUUUGCGUUAAGCGUCCAUUUUGCAUCGAAGCUUCAACUGAACUAGAUUAUUCUCAAUGUAAUGCGCGCGCACACACAAUCUAUAUUGAAACAAACUUCAAUUUGGAGUGCAAAUAUUGUUCAUGGGAAACCCAUGCGUUUAUAUUUUAUCCUGUGCCUUAGUAUUUUCUUAUCUGCCUUUUUA